GCUUCCUGUCCACAGCCCUCCUCCAGGAAGACACGAGCCCCUGGGACAUUAGCUGACUGUGCUGACAGCUGACAGCCCGUGCAGGACCGGGGUCCAUGAAACCUGCGCAGAGAUUGAUGCCAGUGCUCUGGGAUGGCUGAACACCAACAGGAUCUUCAGCACUUGCCCUUAGUUGAUGGGUCCUUUAUCGAAGGUGUAAGCAACCAAGUGGUUGUGGCCGUCGUCGUCAGUUUAAUCUUUAUUGCUGCUCUCACAUAUUUCAUGUUACGAAGUGAGCAGCAAAACAUUCACCCCGAAAACCAAGAAAGGGUACGCGCCAUUAGGGAGCAACUUCAAAAUGAACAGGAAACAACUGUCCAAUCUCGACCUCAGUUCUACUCAGAUAUGUCCUGUCCAGUCUGUUUGCAGCAGGCUACAUUUCCAGUGGAAACAAACUGCGGACAUCUUUUUUGUGGUCCAUGCAUUAUUGCUUACUGGAGAUAUGGGACAUGGCUUGGGGCCAUUAGCUGUCCUAUUUGCCGACAGAUGGUAACUUUAUUGUUUCCAGUAUUUCAAGCUAGCGAACAGCAAGAUGCCCAAGAGAUAUUUCAGGAAGUUAAUAGUUAUAAUAGAAGAUUUUCUGGUCAGCCACGAUCUCUCGUGGAUAGAAUUAUGGACUUACCAACACUGCUACGCCAUGCCUUCCGUGAAAUGUUUUCAGUUGGUGGCUUAUUCCGGAUGUUCCGAAUAAGGAUUGUACUCUGUCUGCUUGGAGCAUUGUUCUAUCUGGUUUCACCCUUGGACAUUAUUCCAGAAGCUGUCUUUGGUAUCCUAGGUUUCAUGGAUGACUUGUUUGUCAUAUUUUUGCUACUAAUUUACAUAUCUAUAAUGUAUCGGGAAGUAGUAACUCAAAGGUUACAUAGGUGAAAGGUGCUAUGUAAGUUCUGCGUUCUAGGAGCCUUUAAAUAACUAUGCAGGUUUGAAUUUAGUGAACUACUGUCUGCCUAACUGGAAUUUUUUUAUAUUAUGUUCUCCAACUGGUUAAACAUAGCCUGUCACUCUUACAUAUGUGAAUUUAUAUUAAAGGGGUUCUGCAGUUUUUUUAAAUCGAUGAUCUCUCCUCUGGAUAGAUCAUCAGCAUCUGAUCGGUGGGGGUCCGACACCCGGAACCCCUCUC